GAGCACGUAAAAUAAAAGUGACGUAAUGGUGUCAUCAUUUCCGCCUUCUUCUUUGUCGCAUGCUUUUCUGACCAGCUGUAGGUAAAAGAGAAGAAAAAAUGAAUCAAGAAAAACUGGCUAAACUUCAAGCCCAGGUCCGAAUAGGGGGCAAGGGAACGGCACGAAGAAAGAAGAAGGUCGUCCACAGAACGGCAACGGCAGACGACAAGAAACUUCAGAGCUCGUUAAAGAAACUUGCUGUGAAUAACAUUGCUGGCAUUGAGGAGGUGAACAUGAUAAAGGAUGAUGGUACAGUGAUCCACUUCAAUAACCCCAAAGUGCAGGCAUCUUUGUCAGCAAACACAUUCGCUAUCACAGGCCAUGCAGAGACCAAGCAGCUGACAGAGAUGCUUCCUGGCAUCCUCAGCCAACUCGGUGCAGACAGUCUCACGAGUCUGCGCAAACUUGCUGAGCAGUUCCCCAGACAAGUUCUUGACAACAAAGCCCCCAAAGCAGAAGAUAUUGAUGAAGAGGAUGAUGAUGUCCCAGAUCUGGUAGAGAACUUCGACGAAGCAUCGAAGAAUGAGGCUAACUGAUUGCACAUGAUUAACUGGGACUGCAGUUCAGGACAGAACCUGUUGCAGUAUUUUUAAGUGAUAUAACAGACAUAUCAACACUAUCCAGUGAACCAGAGACUUUUGUAUUUUAAAUUGGCACUCAUGCCCAGAUAAUGCUCCUCAGCCAGUCUCUUGCACUUAAACAAGGCGAUGGUAAAAAAUUAAGAUAUGGCUUAUGCUUCUGAACGUAUACAACAUUGUCGAACUUGAUCGUGAUUGACGGAAAACUAGUCUUAAUUAUUUUUGUCAGUGAAACAAUAAAUAUCAAAACCUU